AUGGGGGCACCCCCACGCCCAGCGGGCCCUCCACCGGCCUUCCCCCCGGGCAGGGGAAGGAGCGGGGCCCGCUACGCGGCUACCGUGCGGGUCGAGGGGGGGAAGGGAACUCGCCCCCGGCAGAGUGCUCCGGGAGCCGCCGAGGAAGGACGGCGGAAGAGACGGGGUGAGCCUCCGAAGAGAGCCCCCCAUCCCCCCGCUUUCCACGGCGGCCCGGGUGACACAGAGCAGGAGCGAGCCCCCCCCCGCCGGACGGACGGGCUUCCCGCCCCAGCCGCCAGCGGAGUGCUCCGGGAGCCGCCGAGGAAGGACGGCGGAAGAGACGGGGUGAGCCUCCGAAGAGAGCCCCCCAUCCCCCCGCUUUCCCCGGCGGCCCGGGUGACACGGCGCAGCGGCAGGGCGCAAACCCCAUCCGCGGCCCGGCGGGCUCUUCGCCACCGGCAGAGUGCUCCGGGAGCCGCCGAGGAAGGACGGCGGAAGAGACGGGGUGAGCCUCCGAAGAGAGCCUCCCGUCCCCCCGCUUUCCCCGGCGGCCCGGGUGACACAGAGCAGGGCGAAACUGCCCCCCCUCCGGGCGGGCUUCCCGUCGCCGCCGCCGGCGCAGCGCUCCGGGAGCCGCCGAGGAAGGACGGCGGAAGAGACGGGGUGAGCCUCCGAAGAGAGCCCCCCAUCCCCCCGCUUUCCCCGGCGGCCCGGGUGACGCGGCGCAGCGGCGGGGCGGAAUGCCCACCCCCCCGCCGGGCGGGCUUCCGGCCGCCAGCGGAGUGCUCCGGGAGCCGCCGAGGAAGGACGGCGGAAGAGACGGGGUGA